AUGACCAUCGGCUUAGUGUACCACCCAAAGGCUCAGUCCACCUUCAAGCCUCCUUUGAUCGCCAACGAAAAUGCCUUUCUUGGUGACAUCGACUCGAGUGAUCAAAACAACCCCGAAAAACCCAUCUCCGCCGGCUUCUACCGGCUCGAGAAAGGUACCCCGCUGGUUUACGAAUAUACCUACGAUGAAAUGAAGAUCAUCCUGGAAGGCGAGUUCGAAAUCUCCGACGAGACGGGCCAGAAGGUCACGGCGACUCCGGGCGACGUGUUUCACUUCCCCAAGGGCGCGAAGAUAACGUUUACGACGCCGUCGUACGGGUUGGCAUUUUACACCGGGCAAAGAGCCAAAGGAGCCGCCUAA